UUCUGCACGGCUAUAUAAGGCCACUGUAUAAGGCCACUGUUCUCUGACUGUGGUAGUCAUGGAUGUCACACGGUGGGGCCUGGCUUUGUUCGCCAUUGUUGGUGUCGUGCUUACCGAGGCCCAGGCUUCUCAUUCAAGACCAUUGUUCUGCCACCGAUUGACCUCAAAGAGCACGCAUCACGUAACGCAGUGCACCUAUCCGUGCGCUCUAUCGCAUGGUCAUCCCAGUCGCAGUUAUGGAAUACUGUUUCUAGCGGAGGAGGACGGUACGCCGUGCUGUGUUGGUCACUGCAUGAAUGGCGUAUGCGUGCCUGCACAAGAUCACGCACUGAACCGACAGAAGCGAUCCCUGCUCCUUACGUAUGGCUUAUCCCGUGCUGGAAAGAGGAUUAAACAACUUAUAACACAAGGAAGGGGAGUUUAGUAAAUGGAAUAAAAGGCUGUCAAGCGCAUCAAUGUGGAAUUGUACGAACCAUAAUCUAAAAUGAAUAUUUUCGCAGCAGAGCACUACAGGUGGAAGCCACAGCAGUAUAGCAAGAUAUAUAUAUAUGUUUGUAAGGCGUGAUUGUGUUAUUUGAAUUUAAGUUCAUAUAUUUUGUCUAUGAGGCAGAAAUGAAAAUAAAGGAGCCGUCAACUGUUA